CUCUAAGACUUGAAGACCCACACACGGCUAAAACGAAGGAAAAAAAAAUCAAAUUUCUAAGCAAUUUCAACAAUUUCAGUCAACCAGAUUUUCUGCGUAAUAAAAAUAAAGAAUUUACUCCGACACUCUCAAUCAAUGUACUCCGACACUCUCAAUCAAUGUAGCAAUAUCAAAUCUUACUCAUGUUCAGCGCCAAAAUAAUUUUUUUCCCUUUUUUUUUCCUUUUUCAAUUUUUAAAUAUUUUAGUUUUUUUAUAAAUAAAUAAAUAAUUCACCAAACUCUGCAAGAAUUUCAACUUCGCCUCCUCCAAAGCCUUUCACUGAAAAACCCUUUGCUUGAUGAAAUGGAGGUGUCUGGUUUAAAUGGAUUGAGAUACGAUGAGGAGAGUGCAUUGAACAGUUUGCUUGAUGCAUUCGGAUCUGUAUUUUCGCUUAACGACAUUGCUUCUGCUUACUGUGAAGCAGACCGGAAUGUGGAUAUAGCCAGUGAAAUUCUGUUUAGAAUGCAGGGGAAUACCUCUGUAGAACGAAAAAAUGGUGAAACUUUGGAAUCAUCCCGAGCUAAUAAUUCCCGGAAUUGUUCUAGAGUGAAUGGGGAUUUUACAGCCCCUAAGCAAAUAUGGCGACUGGUUUCAGCUUCUAGUAAUGCAACCAAUAGCGAGCUGAAAAAGGAUGAACCUUUGGAAUCAUCCAGUAGUGAUAGUUCUCAGAAUUCUUGUCAAACAAAUGGGGAUUCAAGAACUGUAAAGCAAAAUUGGCAACCGAUUUCAGCUUCUAGUAAUACGAGUAAUAGCAAGCUGAAAAAGGAUAAACCUUUGGAAUCAUCUAGUAGUGAUAAUUCUCAGAAUUCUUGUCAAGCAAAUGGGGAUUCAAGAACUGUAAAGCAAAAAUGGAGACCGGUUUCAGCUUCUAGUAAUACGACUAAUAGCGAGCUGAAAAAGGAUAAACCUUUGGAAUCAUCUAGUAGUGAUAGUUGUCAGAAUUAUUGUCAAGCAAAUGGGGAUUCAAGAACUGUAAAGCAAAAAUGGAGACCGGUUUCAGGAGGCAUUGUUUCGAGCAUGCUUGGAAAGGGGUAUAUGAAGUCCGCCCCUUCGACUAAUGGUUCCAGUCCACGAACCAAACCUUUAAAGGUAGACUCAAAGGAGUGGCCGGCAUCUGUAUUUUGGGGAGAAGGACGUAAAUCCAGUCCUCCAAAAGAGGACCGUUUGCACAAAGAUAUGGAAGAUUUUCUUUUCAAAAUGCUUGGCGCGGGAUUUCAACUUGAGAGGAAUGUGAUCAAAGAAGUUCUCGAUAGCUGUGGAUACGACAUGCAAAAGAGUAUGGAGAGGCUCCUUGACCGGUCAGCUAUGAGUUUGGAUGAAGGAAAUAAAAUUCUCGGUGAGUCCAGUAAAAAGACUAAUGAUAAGCAUCCAAUAUCAGAGGAACCUUCACACAAAAAAAACAUAGGUUUGAACACCAAUGGUGGAACAAGACAAAAGAAGGAUAGAUACGAUCUCCAAAAGGAGAUUUGGACCGCUUUAUUUAGUGCUCCCGAGAGAUUAGAUGAAUUGCCUACGAGAAGAGUGAGGGCAGGACAAAGGUCUAUUGCAUUAGGAGAACCCGUGGAAGGACCCCUAAUUGACUUCGAUUCUGAGUCCAAGGUUGAUAGAGUUCACUCGCAAGAAGAUAAAAAAGAUGAUGAAGAUGAAGAAUAUGGUUUCCAGGCUCUUCGAAGAGCUGUGACGGAAUAUAGGGGCACAAUGAAGGAAUAUUAUAAAGCUGCUAUUGACGCUUUCGCUAAAGGGGAUAAAGAUCUGGCAAACAGACUUGUAGAACAGGGACAAUUUUUUCGUGAAAAGGCUUGCCAAGCAGAUGAAGAAUCAAAUCAAAAGAUUUUCGAAACUCGGGGCCCAGAUGCGGAAGAUGAAAUUUCACUCGACUUGCAUGAACAUGGCGCAAAGGAAGCAAUUCGUCUUUUGAAAUGCCAUCUAUCUUCACUAGCAGGCAUCCCAUCAUUCAAGUACCUAAAACUCAUUCUAGAAACAAAUGAAGAAGACUCGUCAAAAGGCCGUCGUAGACAAUCGGUUAAGAGGCUGUUGGAGAAAGAAUCAAUAACAUGGAGUGAAGGUGAAACUUGUGGAGUAAUAAGGAUUCGGUUAGAUAAAAUAAACCCUAAAAGCUUGAGCUUUGGCAAAAAAAUGCCAUCUCUUUGAACAUUAAAAGGCUAUUGUUUGAUGAAAACUUGAGCCUAAAGAUUGAAACUUCGCUGUGUUGUUUGAUUCUUUUUGGAAAACUGUAUUUUUUUUCUCUAAAUUAUAUUUUGUUAUUGCAAAGCAACUGUAAUGAAAAUUGAAAUUAAUUGGAAUCUUGUUUUUUUGGUGGUGGUGAAA